GCUGGGGACAGGUUUAUAGGCGCCGGGGUCAGCUGACGCUCUGCAUUGCAGACGGCGGAGUCCGGCGUCGCCAUGUACGCUCUCCUGCUCCUGACUUGCCUGCUGGGCACUGCUCUCACUGGCCCUGUCCCAGACCUGCAAAAAUGUUCUGGGGGCUCAGCAGUACUGUGCCAGGACCUGAAGACGGCAGUAGACUGUGGGGCCCUGAAGCAUUGCCAACAGACCGUCUGGAGCAAGCCCAUGGUGAAAUCCCUUCCAUGUGACAUAUGUAAACAGGUCGUCACUGCAGCCGGAGACAUGCUGAAAGACAAUGCCACUGAGGAGGAGAUCCUCAGUUACCUGGAGAAGACCUGUGACUGGCUUCGUAACCCCAGCUUGUCAGCCUCAUGCAAGGAAGCAGUUGACUCUUAUCUUCCUGUCAUCCUGGACAUGAUUAAAGGGGAAAUGAGCCAUCCUGGGGAGGUGUGCUCUGCACUCAACCUCUGCCAGUCUCUGCAGAAGCACCUGGCAGAGCUGAACCAUCAGAAGCAGCUCGAGGCCAAUAAGAUCCCAGAAGUGGAUGUGACGGGGAUGGUGGCACCCUUCAUGGCCAAUAUCCCCCUACUCCUGUACCCUCAGGAUGGUGCCCAAAGCCAGCCCCAGCCAAAAGCUAAUGGUGACGUCUGCCAGGAUUGUGUGCACAUGGUGACAGACAUCCAGACCGCUGUGAGGACCAACUCCACCUUUGUCCAGGGCUUGGUGGAGCAUGCCAAGGAGGAGUGUGAUCGCCUGGGGCCUGGCAUGGCUGACAUGUGCAAGAACUAUAUCAGCCAGUACUCCGAGAUUGCCGUCCAGAUGAUGAUGCAUAUGCAGGAUCAGCAACCCAAGGAGAUUUGUGUGCUGAUUGGCUUCUGUGAUGAGGUCAAGGAAGUGCCCAUGCAGACUCUGGUCCCUGCCAGAGUGGCCGCUGAGAAUGUCAUCCCUGCCCUGGAACUGGUGGAUCCUCUGGAGGAGCAGCUGGUCACAGCCCAGUUCGGUGUUUUCUGCAAAGCCUGUGAGUACGUGGUGAAGAAGGUGGUCGACUUGGUUGUGAACAACAGCACUGAGGAAAAAAUAAUCCAUGCUUUGGAUGUUGUGUGCUCAAAGUUGCCCCAGUCUGUGUCUGGUGUGUGCCAGGAGGUGGUAGACACGUAUGGACCCUCCAUCCUGUCGCUCCUUCUGCAGGAGCUAAGCCCUGACUUGGUGUGCAGGGAGAUCAGUCUCUGCUCCUCCAGCAAGGGCCAGGUUCAGAUCAGCCAGGUCAGGCUGCCUGAGCAGCCCGUGCUGCCCAAACUGCCUGUGCUGCCUGCACGUGUGACUCCUCUGAAGGGAGGUGGCUUCUGUGAGGUAUGCAAGAAAUUGGUCAGCUAUUUGGAGCACAACCUGGAGAAGAACAGCACCAAGGAGGAGAUCCUGGCUGCUCUUGAGAAGGGCUGCAACUUCCUGCCUGACCCCUACAAGAAGCAGUGUGAUGAGUUCGUGACUGAGUAUGAGCCUGUGCUGGUGGAAAUCCUCGUGGAGGUGAUGGAUCCUUCUUUCGUGUGCACGAAAAUUGGAGCCUGUCCCUCUGCCCGUAAGCUGCUCUUGGGAACUGAGAGGUGUGUCUGGGGCCCCAGCUACUGGUGCCGGAACAUGGAGACAGCAACCCAGUGCAACGCUGUGGACCAUUGCAGACGCCACGUGUGGAACUAGGAGUUUUCCAUGUUGCAGAAACCACAGCCUUCUUUCCUCCUUGUGUGUCUGGGGUAAUGAGUGCACAGAUCUGUUUGACUUUAUUAAAAAAAUAGGGCCUCCCUGAUGCCCCCCCGCCUUCUGUCUCCCUUAUUGUAGCACUGCUGUCAUGUGGGAGUCACUAGCUACCCACUGACACUCCUUUCUGCUGGAAGGAUGAGGGCUGUGAGGUCUCUAGCUGCCCUUUUGAGAAGAGGGCUGUUUUUAGAGCCAGAGCACAGGAAGCCGUCCAGCCUCUGCUCACGAUGACAUCUCUAAAACAAUGUAAUUUCCACUAUUGUAGCACAGAGAUUUUGGAAGCACCUGCUGUGGCUUGGGACAUUGGGGCAGCAGAUUUACCAUCCUUGGGUCAACCCCUAAUUCUGAAUCUUUCCUGUUUUUUCCUGUCCAUGCCUUAUUUGUGGUUCUGUAGGUUUGGGAGGGAGGAUGAAAUGCACCUGAAUGUAACUUGCCCGCUGUGUGGAGGUCCGCUGGGCCUGGCUUAUGUGUGUGAGGCCACAAUGGUGGCUGCCAUCUGCUUGCUUCUGUGUCUGCCUGGCUGCUGGUGCCCUGCAUGCCCUGCCCAUUGUGUAGUGGUUCUUUUUGACCUUCCCUUUCAAACAAAUGUGGAGGAUAAGCUCCUAAGCCUCUGCCUGACAGAAGGUGAUGAGCCGAGGGAGAUGCAGAGUGUAUGCUGCCCAUCUGGUUGCUGCAGCCCCUGUUACACUUGUGGUUGCCAGUUAGCCUGCAAGAUGGGCCCUUACUGUUAAAAGGACAGUGAUUUCCCUUUGUUUUGCACUAAAGUUUCUGUGAUUUAACAAUAAAGUUCUGUUAACUAGA